UAAAAAAUACCUAACUUAUUCCACUCUCUAUAUAUAGCUAUCUCUACAACAAAAAGGUUUCAACAAUACCAGCGGCAAUUUCCAGUUGAUUGACAAGCCAGGCAAAAACAGAGAUCACUCUGUUUCCCCUGUUUGGCUCUAGAAAUGGCUGCAACCAAGGCUUUUCUUGUUUACGAAUCCUCUUUCGAGUGAGAACCUCAAAUCCUCAAUUCUCCAUCACCUCACAACUGCAUUCGAUUCUCCAUUCCCAUUUGCCAAUGGAUUCUUUCACCAUCAGGCACAUCAAACUCGAGAAGGCUAACGCAAUCAAGAAACAUCGCCCACUUCAGAAGAUAGCAAACUUGUUCAGGUUCUUGGAAAUAUGUGUUGUUCUGGCCUUGAUUUCCAAGUUCUCUAUUCAGCUCCCAGUUGCUGUCAAGAACUCUAGUGAAUAUUUCAAGGACUUAACAGUCGUCCUUGGAAGCCCCCGCUUCGUGUUUAUCCUUGGAAACGCCAUAGUCAUCACUCUCUUUGCAAAAUCAGGUCAGUUUUCUGGUCACGAUUCCACUGGGAAGAAAUCGGGAACCGAUCUUUACGAAGAGUUUGUUGAAAAGAGUGAAAGCAGUCAGGGCUUGCACCAAUAUGAAGCUGGACAUACAGAAAAGCAGAGCUCCUCUGUUGAGUGCACAGUUGCUGAAGAAACUUGUGCAACUGUAGAAAUCAAGAACUACCGGAGAAGUCAAUCAGAGAAAUUAGACAGAGGUACUUGCAACAAGUCCUGCCGAGAAUUGAGGAGGUCAGUGACCGAAAAAUGCAGGGAAAGUAUAGAGUCUGUGGAGGGAUGGAUGAAAAUUUCGUAUCCUGAGGAUAGUAUGAGCAAUGAGGAGUUCAGGAGCACAGUGGAAGCUUUCAUUGCUAGGCAAAAGAGAUUUAGAAGAGAUGAGGAGAACUCUGUAUAUUAGAGUAAUUGCGGUAUGAAUACAAGCUAAUUCAGGUCCUUUUCCCCCAAAUUCUGUAGUUACAGCGAUAAUGGGGUGUCUGUAUAUUGCUAAAUCAUUAAUAAAUGCAAAUUUACCGGUUAA